UAUAAGAAUGUCCCAACCCACCCUGAACUCCAGUUUCAGUGGCAUUAACUUUGCUGGAAUGAAUCGUGGCUCCCGACUGUCGUACACUAGUCUCAGGGCAGCUUCCGGGGAUAACAGUAUAAACGAAGAGGAAAGAUUGUCGGCUCCCAGCGUGCAGGGAUUCGGUGGGAGUUCGAGAGGAAGCUUAACGAUGGAUCAAGGCUCUCCAAGAUUGUCUCAACCGGACGUGCGACGAUUCGCUCUACGGCACGACGUGCCGGCGAAACGGGAACGUCUAUCCCAACCGACUCUAGUCACCGGGGACUAUCAUCCUGGUCGUGGUCAACAGAGAUUGUCUCAACCUUGCCUGAGUACAGGAAAAGAGCUUAAUUUGCCGAUGAUGGUCUUUCACUCGCCCUCUCCGCCCACUAUCAAGCACAAAAGAUUCUCACCUGCUGUACACGUUAGCAAGAGGGAACGUCUGUCCCAGUUGGACAUCGGUUCGAAGUACAGGAACCUGAAAGAGUCCACCGCGACGAAAUUCAAUAGGGAUAGAUUCUCGAUACCUGAACUAGAAACGCAGAAUGAUCUGAAAUUAAUGGCUGGUACACCGAAACAAAGGUUCAGCUUGGAUAGCCAGCUGAAGAAUCAGGAUAUAACUCGGUCCAGAUUACUACCAAUCGCUAGUUCACCCAUCAGCGAACACCAGCAAUCAAAGAUCGAAGAACAGCCAGCUGUUCCCAUAGGAAAAAUGAAAAGUCCCACUCGGGACGGACUUGGAAGCGUACUGGUAGCAAGUGCAACUCCUAUAUUACCGUCGACCGAGAGACAAUUGUUGUCCAUCGAGGUGAAUAAAAAGACCGCUGUAGUUUCAUCAACAACGUCGACGACGACGUCUGUGACACAACAGAAGAACCAAACAACGUCGGUGACGGGUAAGCUUCAAAGAUCUAUCUCCCCGGUUCCUACCAGGGAAAGGAUGUCGGUGCCUGAGAUAAGGAACUCGAGUCUACGUAGAUUACUUGAUCCACCGACGAGACAGAGGCACAGUAUCACAGGGAAUUUAAGACACAGUAUCAGCAUCAUAUCUCCCAUCAGACCUCUGGAUUUCGGUAAGAAGUCGCCAAAGCAUUUAUUCGAGGAAGCCUUGGAACGGUUCAGGAGGGACGAGAAAGAGGAGAAUCGUAAAAACGAAAUGUCUAAUUCACAGACCAUAGUGGACAUCGUUCACGAACCUAAACACAUUCAGAAACACUACUCGUACACGUACGAGAGUACAGAUGAUAAUUCUUCUAUUCUUGGUAAGUUAAGCGUAUCCGUGACACCCAAGAAAAAGUAUCUGGAAAGUAAUUUCGAUGAGAACGAACAGGUGAUCACGACGGUAAUCGAAACGGAUGUGCCUAUGAUAAUGGCCAGUCCAAGAUACACGAAAAAAUCUUCUUACUCCAGCGAAGCACCGAAAUGGAUAAGGAAGUAUUUAGAAAGCGAAAGUCCCAAAGGUGGGAGACGAGCGACUGGAAAUAAAGAAAAGGCUAAUCGUAAGAACAGUCGAAGGAAAAGCUCACUGGAAUCGGUGGAUGGCGAUAACAAGGUAACAAGAAAGGUUCGCUCCAAGUCGGUUAGCAGCGGUGAAAGAAGUCCUAAGCCCAGAAACACCAUCGUACAGUCUGAUUUAAAGAACAUGAAAAAUACAUAUGUUAGGAUUGUUCCUUCGAAUAAGAUACAAGAGAACAGGUACGAGGUGAAGAUUGAAAACAGUUGGGCCGAUGGAGAAAUUAAUAGACUGUACGGAGACGAAUGCGACGAUACGGACUCGGAUGAUUCCACGUCCAUUUAAAUUAACAUAACGACACUAACAAGGAGUGUUAAUCAAGUCUGAUGUAAUACUAGAAAAAUAUUCGACACAUAUUUUUUU